CAGAUAUGUGGCGCGAUGCCGGACACACAUAGUGCAGUAUCAUAGCUGCGCUUUCUUCAGCUCUCCGACCAUCCGUUUGGCGCUCAAUUCCGUUGAGCACCACAAAUGGCGGUUCUCAACUACAUAUCUGUGACCUCUUCUGCUACACCCAUCUCACCGGAGCCUCCAACUCCGCCUAUAACGGACCCAAGACCGACGAAGAUCCUUUUGCCAAAGAAAAAGCCUAUGAAAUGGUCCACUGGGUUGGCUCCGGGGGAAUACGGUGGUCCUCCCACCACCUCCAAGCUUCGCAAGUAUUGGGGAGGCGAGGAAGAAGACCCCUUAAACUCUGAUGACUUUAUGUGGAACAAAGACUUUGUGGAUCGGUUUCAAAGGUUGAUUCAGGAACCUGAAUCUUCCAUUGACGCAGCUCCUGCACAGGGAGAGCCAUCUGGAUUUCUGAGCUUAAAUAGGGUCAUGAGCCUUGACAGUUUAGAAGUUGAUUUGAGCAAAGAACUCUCGGCUCCUGCAAAAAGAAUUCCAGAUCAGCCAGUUGAGGCAGCAACUAAAAUCACUGAAAGCAAGAGAGCAAGAUGGAGAUUGGCACCAACACGCCGUGAGCAAGACAAAUGGGACAGAGCUACCAAGGCCGCAACUGGAGGCAGUGAUGUGAUGUUUAGGGAAAUAAGGCAGUCUCGCGAAGACCCAGCAGUAUUGGCUGCUCGAUCUGAAGAGCAGUAUGAUAAGUUGAAAAUGAAGUUACAAAUCCUCACACUGGGUAUAGGUGGCGUGGGUCUAGUAUCUGCUUAUGUUUCUUAUUCUGCUGAGGUGGCAGCUAGCUUUGGUGCUGGCUUGCUUGGUUCAUUGGUAUAUAUACGCAUGCUGGGCAGUAGUGUGGACUCGCUGAAAACGGACGGUGCAAAGGGCCUUGUCAAGGGAGCAAUUGGGCAGCCUAGGUUACUGGUUCCUGUUGUACUAGUUAUGAUUUACAAUCGUUGGAAUUCGAUUCUUGUUCCAGAAUUUGGAUCUAUGCACUUGGAAUUGAUACCAAUGCUAGUGGGAUUUUUUACAUACAAGAUUGCUACUUUUGUUCAAGCCAUAGAGGACACGUUUACUGUACCUGUGAAAAAGACCUAAACACUGGGGCUGGAAAAAACAAAAAGCGCUUUUCUCUUCCCUUGUAUCGAAAAAAAGAAGAAAAAUCCUUGAGCUUCUUUUGCCAUUGCUUAUGUACCUCCUGAUGCAACUAUAAAGCUAUUUUGCUCAAUGGCCAAGGCUACAUCCUAUUGUCUUA